CAGAAUCUAGUGGAAAAACGCAGAACAAUUGAACAAUAUGUGAGAUGUAAAAGUAAACAACAAGAAGCAGAAUCUUUUCAUGGAUUUCUUAAAGAAAUAGAAGGAUCAUUAGCAUUCAGGAUACUUAUAACGUUUGGUAAUUUUCCAACUCUGCAGAAUUGCCUCAAAGAACAAUUAAAGAUAUCAGAAAAUAUUAAGGAUCUAGAUGACUUGAUUGCUAAAAAAUACAUGAAUAUAAAGUCGUUUAACAAUGGACUAUUUAUUUACGAUUUCGCUGUGAGAAAUGUUGAUGAAUUAAUAUCUUUAGCAAAGAGAAUUGGUGGUUUUCUAUGAUUUUAAACAAAAUCAUGUUUGAUAGUGUUCAUUACAUUGUAAUAAUCAUAUUAGUUUAGAAAUGUUUUUUUUUUGUUGAGAUUAUUACAUAAUUGUAUUGACAUAUAAUUGGUUACUUUAUGAAUAAAGUUUAAAUUUAAAGAAAAAAAGUAGAUUUGUCUGAUAAA